UCCUCGGCUGUAGAUAUGUCUGCAGAUAGAGUAGAAAGCGUAAUAUUGAAAUUGAAACACCUGAAGCAUGUUGAAAACAGUCAAUGUCGGAAUCAGAAUCAGCCUCAAAGCGCCAGCGGAUCGGCCAGGCCUGUGACCAUUGUCGGAAACGGAAAUCAAAAUGUGACGGAAAACAACCCACCUGCUCGGUCUGCAGCCUCUUCAAACGGAAUUGUGCCUACCGCAAUGCGAAGAAACGGGGAUUACCAUCAGGAUAUGUCAGAGGCCUCGAGGCUUUAUUAGGACUGUGCAAGCAACAUAUACCGAACUGCGAAUAUGUCAUUCAGGCCUUGAUUCGAAGCAGUCAUGGCGGUGCCAAAUUCCAUGAUGCGGAAUUCUUGGAUUACGCAGCAGAUAUAUGGCGCAAGUCACAAACUGCACGAGAGCUGGAGCAUAUAUUAUCUAUAAGAAAUGAUGAAACCACACAGCCAACCACUGUUGAGACAGCUGACCUUCCUCCUUUCGAAAUGUUCCCUCGACCUGCAGAUCAACCACGUACCCCUGAUGCUCUUCAACAGAACAAUGAGACCACUAGUGCUCAGUCUCAUGGUUUUGAAAAGUAUAAGGAGUUAGAAACACUGUCCCCAGUGAUAUUUCCGGAGAACACCCCAGACCUGGUGGAUUUCUACUUUCGAACAACUCAUUGCUGGUUCCCGAUUGUGGAACGGCGCGAUAUACUCCGCAUUAUGUGUGAGGACAACACGACAAAUAAUCUUAGCAUCGAAGAUGAAGGGCACAGACUGUGUUUAUGGGCCAUUGUUGCUUAUUCCACGGCCUUCAGAGAAGUGAUUUCUGACUACUCCGGCAGUACCAACCCGGAACAUAUUCAAAUUUAUGUUCGAUUUCGCCUGGCUUUACAUCACGAAGCAUAUGGGGUUGGACAUGUCCAGGCUAUCCUCAUAAUUAUUCUUUUAUAUCUUAUCAGAGGCCACUUAAGUGCUGCAUGGAUGCUCAUGGCUCAAGCGUCUGGGAUUUUAAGGGCCGUCGAAGAUGCAGAUGCACAGAAGUCCGAAAGACAUCGACAUGUUUGGCAUGGUUGCGCUUACAUCGACAAGCUGCUGUCUAUAGUUCUCAGAAAAGAUGCGUUUCUUUCGCAUGUCAGCAAUAUUCACCUUCAAGAACUGGACCAGAACGGAGUAGAUGAAUGGGAAUUGUGGGCACCGCCGGUGGCUGAGAAAGAAAAUGGAGUUCAACGACAUGAAAGGAAACCAUUAAGAGUUCUCAGUACCUUCAAUUUGUUGACACAGCUCAUGGGAAAGUUGCCCUCCAUAUAUGAGGGUGCGCUUGAAGCGGACCACCUCGAGGAAAGGAUCAAGGAUCUUCAGAUCUGGUACAGCACUCUCGGCAAACACCAUCAGUUGCGUGAGAACAGCAACCCUCCGCUAUUGACUCUCCAUCUAAGCUAUAACUUUGUUCUUCUGUCUUUCUUCAGGGAGAACUGUGAGAUUAGACACCAUUUGGUACCCCUGAUGGAAGAGACACUGCAUUCUACAUAUACCAUGCUAGUCCAAUACCUCAAUCUCACAGAGAUUUCUGGGGCCUCGGGCUUACUGAUUUGCUUUGGUUUCCAGGCCCAAAGCUGUCUUCAAACCUGCGGCCAUCUACUUCCAACUCAGGUCCACAGUCUACUGAGGCACAGAUAUACCUUGAUUCUCGAAAGCUUGAACAGACAUUACGAUGGCAAUCGAAACGAGUUUGUGCAACCUGGCACUUCGCAAGGCUACUAUGCAUCAUCCACCGAACAGAAUCCCGAGGUGAGGUCAGGGAUAACGACCAGCGCUAUAAAUCAUCCCAGGACCACAGGAAAUUCCAUCGUCUCACCAGGUAGUGCCGCAGCCAGCGUUCCGGGAAGUGAUGAUCAUGGAUCGUCAGGAACUACAACUCUCGAGUCUACAAAUGACUUCUAUUUGGAUAGUCUCUAUGAUGAUAUGCUGUCGAUUUUCCCGACUGGAAGAUACGAUGAUGAAGCAGACCAAUUUGCACAGAAUCUUGGAUUUCUCACCAACGACAUCGACACUAAUCCUUUCACCUUUCCGUUUACCCAACAAAAGCUAUGAUACCCGCAUUAGACCUUUAUAACUGC